AUGGCGGCUAUGAAGUUGUCCCGUUUCACAAGCCGGAUUUUGUUGACACGGAGUUCUCAGGUGGUAUGCAGUUCCGAAAAAUAUUUCAUUUUAUUUCAAAUAGAUCAAAAUCAAAUUAAGAUCUCAUUUUGAAUUUGCACGAUCGUAAAAAUGGCUUGUCUGAAAUCUGCUGAAAUGUACAGCAUCAAAGCUGGGAAAACUGAAUAUCAACAUCAAAUAUUACAUGAUGAGAUCAUACCGCCAUCUGUUGUGUGUUUCCCCUGCAAAGCUAUGGAGUAUUUAAAUUGUAUUUUCCUUUUUGACCCAGGUAGAGAAUGGGUCGAAAGAAACAGCUUUUUUCCCAGGUUCUGUAUCUUGUCAAUAUUGUGCUCUUGACCGUUUCACUCUCAAGAUCAUCAGUAAUUCUCCUUACUGUUUCCCCUACAAUUCUCAUGAUGUUAGUUCGGAGAAUUUGGUUUUGGAUUAACUUUUAACCUCCUUGUUGAUAUUUUUUCCCUUCUCAUCACUUGUCUGCUUGAUAUUAUAUUAUUACUUGUGAGGAGAAAUUCUGUCUCAAUUGGUCACUCAUGGGAGUUAAAGGGUUAACUAAUCUAUUUGAUUGUAUACCUGCCAGGAGAACAGUGAUCCACGUCACCCAUCAUAAUGCUCAUCUUAGAUGUACUUAACUGACAAAGGCAGACAUUUUUCUCUUUUAAGUUCAUUUAUUGAAGUGGUUCCUAAUUAGUUAACAAAAUAAUUCAACUCACCCUGACCACACUAAUGUAGUCUGAGGAGGGUUUGUAUCCUUCCAAUUUUUCUAACCAGACCAGAGUAAUAUUAUGAUUAGAUCAGUUUUUCUAUGAUUGUGGGUAUUAUCAAUAUUUUACCAUUAGAAACCAAACCUAAAUUGUGUGUAAUGGAUCAAUCUGUCCUGGUUUCAGGGUAGUAGAGAUUAUUAACAUUAUUUUGUGGCUAGUCUUACCUUAAGUGUUUGAAAUAAAACAUGCUCUAAAAAAUGUUGGGGCAUGUUAAGGUAGUUUUCUGUAAUUUGCAUGGAAAUCAGUGGUAGUUUGUAUGUUUGGUUAACCCUUUGACCCUUUAGAGUGACUAGAAUGUAAUUUCUCCUUACAAUAUCACCUUUGAAUCACACAUUAAGGUCAUGAGAUUAUAAGAAAUGAUCACUGACUAUAGAAGCUCUUGAUUGUUGAACCAAUUCCUCCAUGUCAGCACCUUAGGAAAUGUGUAGAGAAAAGAAUGGAGAAUAAUUAUGCAAACUGAUGUUGGGGCUUAAAGGGUUGACACUGAGAAGGAAGGAAACUUCUUAAUAUUCUAGCUUUGUUGGCAAAAUCACAUUAACACCCAGUGCCCUGGUAUAGGAAGUAUUGAGUCUUGGGCUACUGGGAAAAUCAUUAUAUUGAUGUGACAAGUGAUUUAAGAUAAAGUAAAUGGAGAAAUGGUCAUCAGUUUUAAUUUUAAGUGUGGGUAUACAUUUGUGUAAUCUUGAAGUUUUUUUUCUUAUUAGCUUCUUCCAGCUGCCUGGUGUAAGACAAGAUCAUUUAGCAAUGCAUCUGAGCCACUCACACAAGCUCAAGGCCGAUACAUGGUGACACUGAUCCCAGGGGAUGGAGUUGGACCUGAACUUGUAUACAGUGUAAAAAGAAUCUUCAGGUAAAAUCCCUAAGGAAAAUAAUUAAGUCUAAAAUGCUUCAGAGAAUAUUCCAAUUUAAUUCAGAAAUACAUUUUCCUCUUUUACAUGUAAAUAAGCACAAUGUCAUUUUUCUUGGUCCAAAAGAACAUAAAAAACAUAGCUUUCAUUCAGCCAUCUCGACUGAUCAAGCUCUGUCACUAAAGAAUGUCUUAUAUGGCAAAAUGAUUGCAUAGAAGAAUUGUCAGAUAAAUCUAUAAAACCUUGACUAUCAAAAGAUGUGUUUGUGACUUUGUUAUUACUAUAACUCCCAUCAAACCUUUUUUUCCAUGUACCAAUAACAAGAAGAAUUUCAACCAGUAUUUUAAUCCAGUUACAAGGCUUGUAAGCCUUUUUCCAAUAGGAAUGCAGUGGACAAUUCUGAUCCUUCUUCCCUGCUUGAGUAACCAGUCAAAAUUCAAGAUUCAUUUCAUCAUUCCAUUCCCAUUGAUCCAGCCCUUUGACAAAUAAAGUUUAUUUAGUAGGUAAUUUUCAUUGUAAAGUCUGUGUAAUCAUUUCAAUAAAAGCUAGAAUUAACAUGAUCCUGGUUUACCUUUUCUCUUAGAAUUAAAAUAGGGAUCAAGUUAAUAUUGUUAAAUUGUUUAACCCAGGCCCAUACUUAUUUUACCUUACAUUCUGCUUUUCUUUAGUGCUGCUGGAGCUCCUGUGGACUGGGAUGAAAUUCCAGUUAGGUAAGACAUGUCAGUCACAUAACUUUAAAAUAAGGCUAUUUUUUGUAAUACCAUCUUGCAGGUUAAAAGAAGAUUUCUAUGAUAUGUCAUCAUUCAGACUUAUUUCCCAUAAACUUUGUUAUAAUAAUUGUAGGCGACACAGUAGCCCUAUAGUUAGUACACUGAACUUUGUGUUGAGGUGUCUGUUUUUGAGACUCAGCCAGGUUCUACCUUUGUGUUGUGUUCUUUGGCAAUACACAGUGCCUAUCUCCACCUGGGAGUAUAAAUGGGAUAUACCACUUUGCUUGAGUACAGACUUUUUUCAUGUUAUAAUAGUUAUACUGUUAAUCAAAACUGUGAAAAAAAAUCUUGGAUGUGAUUGGUUAUCACCAGCCCAAUUUGAGCAUCAUGCUUGUAAAUGGCCAGUUUAAUAGGACAGUUAACAUGUCAUGCCUGUGUAAUUGGACAGAACAUGUCAUGUGUGCAUGCUGUUGUUUUGAAUUUUGCAGAGUUACUUUUGCUAUUUUUUUGAAAACGUCUAGUUUAUGUCUUAAAUUUUGUCGUAGUUUUGAUUAGUUGGUAACAGGACUUUGUGUCAUCCAUUUCUGUCUGUUUUCAUACUCAUGGCUAACAAAUUGGACUCCCCCUUUGUGGUGGUCCAACUUUGUUUGUCACUUGUAUGAUUACAGACUGAAUUGGACUCCACAUGUUCCUAUAACCAUUAUUAACAUUAUCAGAAAUUGUGACUUUAAUUGCUCUCUUGUCAGUGAUAUGAGUUAUGGUAGCAGAUACACACUGGAUGAUGUCGUCCAAUCAAUGAAGAAAACUGGAGUAGGUUUAAAAGGUAAGAUUAAAUAAUCAAGUACCUCACACUUUUACUUUUAUUGUUGACUUUUGUCUUGUGCUCUAUGCCUUUUUUUAAUACAUGUUGUUUCCUGGAGCUGUUACAAUCAAUUUCUUUCAUUAAAUUUUCUUUUUUACCAAGUGUAGUUAGGUCUCAGAUAAGAAUUUUUAAUUUUACUCAACAGUGCUUAUCUUUUCUGGUGUUUGUUUGUGAUUUUUUUUACUGUCUGUCCGGUGGUUUGAACAAGUACAUCAUGUGAUUGUGCUGUACAUCAAACAGAUUUGUUUGGCAAAGCCUUGCGAUCAGCAUUGUUUGAAAGUUUCCUUUUAAAUAGCAAUAUCAAUGUCAUCAAGGUGGUUAGUCCUUUUAGUUUAUGAUUAUUAUGAUAAUUAUUUUAAAUUUAAGUUGAUAUGGCUGCUGUUUCUCCAGGAGCACUGACCACACCAUCAAGUAUCUCAAGUCAAGAUCACUUGUCUCUCAAUCAAAAAAUGAAGUAAGUUACUGACAGAGUUAUAGUCAUCAAGUGAUACAUGUACACUGAACACCUGAUAGGAAAAGAGUUGCUAAAACUCAGUCAUCAUCAGCAGGGCAGUUGUUAUCUUUUGAGGCAGGUAUAGCAUAGAUACAUCCACCUGUUACAUUUCCAUGUCAUUGUGUAAUCACUUGUUACCCAGAGGGAAUUGGCCCAUAGCACUUGUUAAAUGAUUCAAGUUAUAAUAAAGUAAAUCAAAUGUGAUUAAAGAGCUUUCCUUGGACUGCCUGUCAUAACAAGUAACUUUUUCCUACAAAUUAUGAUUUACUGUCUGAAUAUUUUUUCCUUGCAGAACAGAACUGGACUUGUUUGCAAAUGUUGUCCAUUGUAAAAGCCUCCCAGGGUACAAAACCAGGUAUUUAUUGACCUGAUAACCUAUAUAUUGUUUUUUUUUUUCAUUUUAGAUGUCUCAUUUUAUUCCCUUUAACAGCUUUUCCAUUGGUAGUGUCAGUGUAUAUCUUAAUUUCAUACUGUCAUUCUAUUAACCAAUUGCAUGUGUGGUUGUGUUCCCCAGGCACACUGAUAUAGAUAUGAUAAUCAUCAGAGAACAAACAGAAGGAGAGUACACAAGUUUGGAACAUGAGGUCUGUAUAGAUGAUGUCGCCAUUGACAGCAUUUUGCUUUUUUAUCAUUUGAAACAAAUAGAUUUUAUUCAGCUGUGGGUCUGUACAGUAAUAACUCAUAGAGGAUGUCAAAGUGUGAUAAGACUGUCAGUGACACACUUGGCUGCACCUCAUGUGCUUCUCUUUUGUUCCCACAACAUUUGACAUGAUCUGUGAUCUAUUGCUAAACAGAAUUACAGUAACAUGGAGUCUAUUUGUUGAGCAUGUUCAUGUAAAAAUGAUGAAUUUACCAUAUGAUUUUGAUAAUAACUUAAAUGUAAGUAAAAUAAGAACUGUUACCAUAUGUCCUUGAAUAAGUGCCCAGGUGCUUCUUUAAGAUAUAGGCUAAAAGGAGGGAUGCUUAUUGAAAGGAGGGCACUUAAUUGUGGGGAGGCACUUUGUAAAUGAAGUGGCACUAGAAACAGGUGUACCCUAGAUCCCCACUAAUUGAGAAAGUGAGGGUAGGGGGCAUUUAUUCAAGGGGGACAAUCACUAGAGUGUGGUGCUUAUUCAAGGAAAUACAGUAAGUAGAUAAUAUAUCCAGCAGUGUCAGUUUGUUGAUAGGCAAUGAAAGAUUGAAAAUGAUGAUGAAACUUAGGUGUAAUUAUUUUUAUUUUGUCUGUGUUAAGUGGUGGUUUGAAUGUUUUACCCAUUUUAUUUGUUAAGUUAAAAUGUCCAAGAUUUUGUUUAAUUUUUUAAAGGCCCCAAUGAAACCACUCAAGCAAGUGGGCUGAAUUGUUAUGGUUGCAAUCAUUAUCAUGAUGAUUAUUUUCAUUCAUUGUACGUUUUUCCCUACUUUUUAUUGCAGAGUGUACCAGGAGUAGUUGAAAUGAUUAAGGUUAUAACCAAGAAGAAAUCUGAAAGGAUUGCCAAGUUUGCUUUUGAUUAUGCAACAAAGCACAAACGACAGAAAGUCACUGCUGUUCACAAGGCAAACAUCAUGUAAGCUGAGUAAACAAAUAAACAAUUUACAAAUGUAAGAGCACUGAUUAUUAAAAGAGCCAAGAGGUGUAAUACAUUUUUCACUGUAUAGUGAAAUGCCACCAUCUUAUCAUUACAGUGAUAAACUUCAAGAGAUGGAAUGCAGAUAUUUGGUGUAUGACAGUACUUGUCAAUGAAUAUAUCCAAGAGAAUUAAAAUCCAAAGUAAAUGAAAGAUUCAGAUGACUGUGAUUGAGAUCAAUCUGUUCUUUGCAUCAGACAUCUGGACAUAGAUUUUGUUAAUGUACCCUGGAACUUAGAGAGAUGAAAUUGUAAAUUUUGAUGGAUAAUUAUACAGUUUCUCUGGACAUCUUUAAUGUUGAUUUUCAUUUAAAGCUGCUCAUUUGACUCUAAUCAUUUUAAAAGAUUUUGUGAAAUUUCUUUUCAGUCUUUUUUUCCCUGUUUGUUUUUCUUUUGUUACACCAGGAAGCAGGGUGAUGGAUUAUUUCUGAAAACUUGUGAAGAAGUUUCCAAACUGUACCCCAAGAUCAAGUUUGAAGGAAUGAUAGUAGACAACACUUGCAUGCAGGUAUGCAAAAAAUAAGGUAUUACCCUGUUACUAAUUUUAGCCUUAGGGGUGGAUCAAGAGGAGAUGUGCAGGGGAUGCAAACCCCUCCCUCAGAUCACCUAUGGAUUUCUUAUAUAACUAGUAUUGUGGAAAAAAAGAGAAAAAAACAUUGUGAUUUAUUGACGUUGAAGUAAAACAUGAGACAAGGUUGAAGAAUUUGAGUUAAAUGCAGCAAAAUUGGUAAUUUGACAUGGAAGUUUUGAGUAUUAGCACUUCUUUUUGCUGUAGCAGACAUCAGUUAUCUUAUUCCUCAGUAAUACACCCCUUCCUAAGAAAAAUCCUGGAUCUGCCUGAGCCUUACCUUCAUAAUAAAUAAGUAUGGAUAUCACACUGUGAUCAGGGCCUCAGUGAUGGCCAAAGGCUAUUGAUGUGUUUCUCAAGGGGUGCUAAAAAUACUCCCUGGUCUUCUCAUAAUAAUAAAUAUUUGUUUUCAUUUGUAAUUUCAUCUUCAGCUUGUUGCCAAGCCAGGCCAAUUUGAUGUGAUGGUAUUGCCAAACUUGUAUGGCAGUAUUGUGGACAAUGUUGGGGCAGCAUUGGUGGGUGGUGCAGGAGUUGUGCCUGGAAAAAGUCUUGGAAGUAACUUUGCCAUUUUUGAGCCUGUGAGUAUUUCUUGCAGUAAAUUAAUUAAAACAUUAAAAAAAAAAAACUCAACUAGAAAAAAAACUAAACCAUGUUUUGUAAAAAAUGAAGUUAUUAAAUUAUUUUUCAAUGGUUAAAUAUAUGAUAUGCACAGAUGUAAAGUUGUGUAUUUUUUUUGACUCUCUAAGAAGGCAGGGAAAAUUACAAGAAAUAAACCAAAUUUCUGAAUGUAUCAUAAAGCUAUCCAUUAUUUUUAUUUAGUAUUCGCCAAAAAAAAGGUUUUUUUUGUCUUUUUUGGUGGCAUUCAGUAUUUGGCUUGUGUGAAUGAAUGGCUACCAACUUGAUAGUUAAUUUAAUUGUUUUAGUCAAGACAUUCCUGCUUCAUUUUGGUAGUUUAUACAUUCUCUGUUGUAAACUGGUCAAACAGGAACAAUACAGCUUAUCACAGUCACAUAAAUAAUACAACACUGUUAAUAGUGUAAUCAUUACAUGAAAUCUUACUUAAAAUUUAUAAUUUAAGGCAAGAAAUAAGGAAUUAAUUUUUGUUCUUCUUUUGAUUUUCCUCAAAUAUUUUCUGAUAGGGAGCUCGCCAUACAUAUGCUGGAGUGGCAGGGAGAAACAUUGCAAACCCAACUGCCAUGAUUUUGGCAAGUGUUGAUAUGCUGGAUCAUAUGAAGUAAGUUUUUUCUUAUCCAUCUUUUGGACUUUGAAAAACCCACAAACCAUCAGAUAUAGUUGGUUGCUGUAGUAAACUGAUUUAUUUGCAAGAAUAUCUGAUUCACUGUUUCUGCAGGAAGCUUUUUUACAGAGAAGAAGUACACUUUUAUGCUCACAUUUACAUUAAAUAAAAGAAAUUUGUGAAGGAUCAAGUCUUAUAUGCAAGAGAACAACCAAACAUUUGAAAUCCUUCUUUGAAAUAUCACAUCAGCCAAAAAUGAAUCCAAUUUCUUAUAAUUGAACACUUGUUCCAUGUCUUGUUUUUCAGUCUUGGAUCUUACGCUAAAAUGAUCAAGGAUGGUCUAGAGAAGACAAUUGCUGAAGGACAGGUAUGAUUUACUUGGAAUCAUUGCUAACACAAUUUUUUUACUUGUAUAUGACUGGUCUAGGAGCUUCACAUGACAGGAUACUGGGAAAUUCAAUCAACUGUUUUUGCACAUGCAUAAUUGGUACAAACUCAUCACAUGAUUAAAUAUGACCCAGCUAAAACUGAGGAAUAUCUAGGGAUAUACCUUAAGUGUUAAUCCCCAAUUUUCAAACCCUAUGUCUACAAAAACGAAAGCAUUCAUUGAAAAUUUACCCAAUAUAAGAGUGCAUUUUGCUAUUGUUACAGAAGAAAUUAAAUAAUUCUCUCUUACUUUUAGUUAACCAUGGACAUGGGUGGCAGUGCAAGUACCUCAGACUUUGUUCAGGCCAUCAUUGGUAAUAUGUACUCCUAGGAAAUGUUACAAAAGUAUCAAUGCCAUUGCCAAAAAAGAAAAGGAUUCAAUGAUUUGUAAAUUUUUGUUAUAAUUGCAAUGAUUUGAUGGAAUUGCAAUCUGGAUUACUGCAGGACAUUAAAGUUGGGCAAAAUUGCUCUGUAAAAGAAUGUUCUGUGGAGUACUGGGUAAUUAUUUUUCAUGAAAAUAUGAGUUGCCAGUUCAUUUGGAGGCUUUCUGUAUAUAUUAUAGUUAUAAUAAACACAAAUUUACAGAUUUGAAAAUAAAGAAUGCGACUAAAAUUAUGUUCAGAUGUGUUACUGUUUGGUUCACCUGUCUGAGUUUUGAGUUAAAUUUCUGUGACACUAAGUCAUAAAUUUGGUCGACCCAAAGUAACUGUUGGAGAAUGGAGGAGCAACACCAGGAGGGUACGAUUCAACUGAAG